AUGUGCAGGUUCAUGGUAUACAAAGGCAAGGAUGAAAUACUCCUUUCCGAAUUGAUCUUGAAUCCCUCGCACUCUAUUCUCACACAGUCCUUCGACUCGCGCCUCCGUCUCGACCGCCGCCGCCCACACAACGGCGAUGGCUUCGGAAUCGGAUACUACACCUCGCCCUCCCUCGGCCCCGAGCCCUGCGUCUUCACCUCCACGAUUCCAGCAUGGAACUGCAUCAACCUAUCCCGCAUCGCGUCGAAAACCACCUCAUCCCUCAUCUUCGCACACGUGCGCGCCACGACAGAAGGCAAUCUGUCCGACUCCAACUGCCACCCGUUCUCGUUCAAGAGCCUGAUGUUCAUGCACAAUGGCGGCAUCGGCUGUUUCCGGCAGAUCAAGCGGCGGCUCGCCAUGAGUCUGAACGAGCAAUGGUUCACGCUCGUCCAGGGCUCGACAGACAGCGAAUGGGCGUUCGCUACCUUUCUCGAUUGUCUGGACAAAGCGGGUAUCUCCCCCAAUUCCGAACCGGGAAAGGGCGGGUUCGGACAUACUGUGUUGCGCAAGGCGAUUCUCAAGACGAUUGAGCGGAUCAAUGGGUUCAUCAAGGAGGUGGUAGGGGAUGAGGGCAUGGGCAAUGAGGACAGUCGGAGUCUGCUGAAUUUUGCGGUUACCGAUGGGGAGAGCGUGGUGUGCACGCGGUAUGUCAGUUCGAAGACGGAUGAGGCGGCGAGUUUGUUUUUCAGUAGUGGGACGAGUUGGAAGGAGUUGAGGUCAGACACGGCGUCGCAGUCGGGCAAGCAGAGUGAAGACGCGGAUAGGGGUUACGUCAUGGAGAGACGGGAUAAGGGGUCCGAUAUCGUCCUUGUGGCUUCGGAGCCGUUGACGUUCGAGAGAGACAAUUGGGUCACCGUACCCACCAACAGCACUCUCACCAUCUCUAAGCAAACCGUCAUGAUACACCCCAUUGUAGAUGAAUUCUAUAGCCCCAACCCCGCGCACGAACGCUCAGCGGGCUUCGCCCAAGCCAAAGGCCAGACGGUCACGGGGCCGGAUAAAAGGGUUUUGACUGGAAAGGACGAUGUGGCAGGAAGUGAGGAUGAGGGCCCAAUCAGGGCGGCAGACGCGGUGGACGGGGCGAUUCGAAGAUUGAGAGUCGAGUAG